CAGCUAACAGUUCCCCUGAUGUUUACUCACUUUGCUGUGUCUUUUAAUGAUGGCUUUUAAUGACCUACAUAUCGUGGCGGUUAAAAAGAAGAUAGAUGAAGUGAAGCACUUUCUAUCCAUAUCUUUAAGUAUCUCAAACGCACACACUGUGGACUUUUACACGCGGGGUGUUUGGAGCACGUUCAUCAGUGUCAGCCCAGAGGAUGUGUUGUGUGCCAUCAGUUCCACACAGGACAGCACGGGGGCGCUAGAAGAGAAGGAAAACACCACGUUUGGUUUCUGCAAUGCCUCCAAAAAACUGCUGGACAUAUCAGCCCUUCUGAGGGCAGCAAAAGCGCACUGUUUACCUGGUCUGGGUGUUUGUAUGCAGCUGGAGGAGCUCAUGCACAAUCUGAGACUGAUGUGUGGAGACACGGCAGCAGGACAGUCAUCAAAUAAGGUUCUUGCACCAGAUGAGUUCAUGAACUGGAAAAAGGCUCAUGAGGUGCAGUCGAUGUCUGAAGUUGUUGCAAGUUUAGCUAAAUGCUGCCGAGUCAAACAGGUGAUAGAUGUGGGUUCAGGAAAAGGCUACCUAUGCUCUUAUCUAUCAAUGCGGUAUAAUCUACAAGUAUUUGGGAUUGAUUCCUCUACCACCAACACACACGGAGCUCAAGAGAGGAAUAGGAAACUGAAGAAGUUCUCCAAAGCUUAUCAGCAGCACAGAUUUAUUGAGAAUAACUGUGUGCAGAGCAAUGAUGAGAGUAGAGAACACUACAAUGAAAGUGAUGGCAGCAAAAACUGUAUUACAAAACAAGGGGUUGAAGCACAAACUGAGAGCAGUGCUUUAUCGCAACAAGUCACUAGGGAUUUAUUAGCUUCAAAUAAUGCUGCAGAAUGUCCAUUAGACCCCAGUGAUUCAGAUUCAGGAAGCAGUUUCCUCAGUUUGCUGGCGCUGGACGUCAUUGAGGACGUCUCUCUUCGAGUUCAUCCCAGCAAGCUGAGUGCGGAAGAGAGGGAGAGGAGGAAGAGGGAGAAUCUGGAGAGGAAAGCCAGAGAAGGGAAGAGGAAAGACAGCAACAGCAGCCUGUUUUCACCUCUGACCUCGUAUGUGACUGCAGAAACUGAACUCAAGACGCUGAUCACAGAGCUGGAGAAUGCAGUUCUGGUUGGCCUGCACACGUGUGGAGAUUUGGCCUCCAGCUCCCUGCGGAUGUUCAGGGCCAAGCAGGAGCUGCGGGCAGUGUGUAGUGUGGGCUGCUGCUACCACCUGCUGUCUGAAGAGUUUGAUCAGGACAGACCGGGGUGUACCAGUGAUGGUGUGUGUGGUUUCCCUAUGAGUCAGUAUCUCAAAGAUCAGGCCUGUUUCUGUGGUCGAAAUGCCAGGAUGUCGGCGUGUCUCGCUCUGGAAAGAGUGUCUGCCGGAGGAGGGCUGCCGAUGGAGUCACUGUUUUAUCGGGCGGUUCUCCAUGUUAUUUUACAGGAUCACUACGAUUGCUUUAAAAGCGAGAAGCGUGUUGGGAAUGUCUACUCCAAAGCCACGUCGUUUGCGGACUACGUUAGACGAGCGCUUAGGAAGCUGGAUCUGGAUGAGUCCAAACUAUCUGAUGGCGACAUUCAAAGCUACCACGACCGCUACACUCCAAGGAUGAAUGAAAUGGUGGCUUUUAACAUGCUGAAAGUAACUCUGGCUCCCUGUAUAGAGGGUCUCAUCCUCCUGGAUAGACUUUGCUACUUGAAAGAGCAGGAGAACGUAUCUCAUGCUGCACUGGUUCAGCUCUUUGACCCUCUUCAGUCUCCAAGAUGUUAUGCAGUUGUUGGUAUAAAGAAAUCUACCGAUUGAAGAUCGAAGUUGGUGGUUUUGCAGAUUAGUGUGAAAUAUUGACUUAAUUUGAAUGUAUUAUUAGAACUUUCUUAUAUUUAUUUUGUAUUAUUAAUAAUUCUUUCAAAGGCUAAAUGAUUUUUUGGUCUAUUUUUCCAAACAUUACAAUAAAAAUGCUCUUUUAUUCCUAAUAAUAUUUUACAAAAAAAUAAAUCUUGCUAGUUCACAGUAAAUUAAAA